UUGUUGCUACACGUGUUCUUAAAAUUGCGAGGUAAUAGUUGACGAGGAGACAUGGAGACAAGUGUAGCUGUUGGAUCGCGUUCAUCGCAAGAGUCAGACCAAAGCCGACGAUGGACAAACAAACUGAAGUCCACACUUUACAGGAAGAAGUUUCUAUACACGGCAUGCCUUUUGUUCGCCAACUUUAUGUCGGGUUGGAUAAAUGGCCAGAGAGGGCCAUCACUGCUGGACCUACAGCUCAUCACGGGGACGGACUUGUCUCAAGGCUCCGCCUUCUUCACUGCUGCUGCUACUGGCGCUCUGGUUGGAGCCGUUGCUGGUGGAGCCAUCUAUGACCGGUGUAAUAAAUACCUGUCGUUGUUCAUCUCGAUGGCCGGGCAUGGACUGACUGUCGCUGUCAUACCACUGUGUACGCCCUACUGGCUUAUGAUUGCCGUGUUUGUAGCACAUGAGUUCUUCCUUGGCAUAUUUAAAACAGGUUGCAAUGUGGAACUUGUCCGAGUGUGGGGAGUGGAGAGCAAACCUUAUAUGCAGGCUUUACAUUUCCUAUGGUCGUUAGGGGGAAUUAUCUCCCCUUUUGUCCUUGAACCGUUUUUAGCCGUCAGAAAAAAUGGAGGUUAUAACAUAACACAAUCUCCUGUCAUGGGGACUGAAAACAGAACAUAUUUAGUGCAGGAUUUCGUAAAUGCAUCAAAUAUAUCAUCGAAUCAUCAGCCUAAGACAAGAAUCAUUUGGCCUUUUUUGAUGACUGGGAUUCUAACGAUCCUGUCGUCACUACCGUUCUUUAUUGUGUUUUUAUUUGCAAGACAGGAUAAACAUAAGGACAUUACAAAAGCAUUAGAUGGGAAGAGACAAGGUAAAAGGUUGUCCCGGAAACUACUCGCUCUGACACUUGGCCUUCUGGGUAUAUUUUACUUCUUCCUGGAUGAGGUUGAAGACUCGUCGGUGUCCUUCCUGGCAUCAUAUGUGGUCAAGCAGUUCAAGUGGACAAAGGUCACUGGAGCAAGAAUCACAUCGGCGUUUUGGGCAUCAUACGCCUUUGGUCGUCUAGCUGCCAUCUUCUUCAUCACCUAUGUAUCUCACGUAAAGAUAUGUGGUCUAUUCUUUUUCUUUUUAAUCCUAGCUCAGGUUGGCAUGAUAUUCGCCGGAAUGUACCUGUCAACAGUAUUCAUAUGGAUUACAGCUUGUGCUGUGGGAUUUUCAAUAUCAAUCAGUUUUCCUGCGAUGCUAACAUGGAUCGAGAAGGACUUUGUGCAACUCUCAGGAAAAAUCAUGUCCGUGAUCUUCAUAGCUGUAGGUCUUGGCGGAAUGGUCAACCCUCAGAUCAUCGGUCAUCUGAUGGAAGUAUCCAGUCCUCUCUGGUACAAUUAUAUCCUGACCAUUGAGAGUGUUCUGUUGUUCCUCAGUUUCCUGAUGUUAGUGUGGCUGGUGAAGAACGUCCUGAGCAAAUAUCACUCAUCCUACAAUGUCACUGCAGAUGAUACGGAAGCAAUUGAGGUACAGGUACCUCUAAAUGACAAGCCAACCCUAGCUUCAUAGUAAUUCUUCACGAAUUAUUUAAAGGUUCUAUUUGAAUUGCUCAAUCAAUGCUGACCUUACUUGCAGAACGUACACUGCCUUCGCGUUUGAUAAAAUAUAAUAAACAUUGAAAGUGAUUGUUACAUGUGAAUAACUAACGAGCUAGGAGAAUUACGGUUUAUCUAUCCCGAGGGAUAUAAUCUCACAGAUUAUUUAAUUCCGAGUUUCGAGUAAGUUAUUCUCCUUUAUACCCAUAAUCAUACUGGCUCUCGAUCCAAUCC